UCGCAGGACCUGGACACUCAGCCGCGUCUCCCACGUCCCGGCAGCGUUUGAAAGUUCCCGGGGCCGGCGGAGCUCAGAAGCGCGGGGUCGGCCCGCCGCAGCCGCCCUAGAGUCUGCCGCUUAUCCGCAAGGACAAGUCUGCACGGGGGUUUCCGUCGCCUAGUCAAAACCCCUAGGGAAUUCCCCACAGGGAUACACACAAACCCCACUUCCUCCUUCAAAUUUCCGACGCCGGAUGGGGCUUUGACCCCUCUCUCGCCCAUCCAGGUCACCUUCGCCUUCCCACUCCCUGCGGAGCGCCUUUGCCCGGCUCGAAGGAGCCCGAAGUCCUUCGGCAAGUUCCGCCUCCAGCGCGGGGGGCGGGGCGGCUCGAGCUCCUCCGGGCCGAGCUCGGUUGUUUCCGUGCGCGGCCGCUGCGCACUCGGCACUGGGCGGCGCUGGCUGGCUCCCUGGCUGCGGCUCCUUAGUCGGCGGCGGCUGCUGCUGCCUGUGGCCCGGGCGGCUGGGAGAAGCGGAGUGUUGGUGAGUGACGCGGCGGAGGUGUAGUUUGACGCGGUGUGUUACGUGGGGGAGAGAAUAAAACUCCAGCGAGAUCCGGGCCGCGAACGAAAGCAGUGACGGAGGAGCUUGUACCACCGGUAACUAAAUGACCAUGGAAUCUGGAGCAGAGAACCAGCAGAGUGGAGAUGCAGCUGUAACAGAAGCUGAAAACCAGCAAAUGACAGUUCAAGCCCAGCCACAGAUUGCCACAUUAGCCCAGGUAUCUAUGCCAGCAGCUCAUGCAACAUCAUCUGCUCCCACCGUAACUUUAGUACAGCUGCCCAAUGGGCAGACAGUUCAAGUCCAUGGAGUUAUUCAGGCGGCCCAGCCAUCAGUUAUUCAGUCUCCACAAGUCCAGACAGUUCAGUCUUCCUGUAAGGACUUAAAAAGACUUUUCUCCAGAACUCAGAUUUCAACUAUUGCAGAAAGUGAAGAUUCACAAGAGUCAGUGGAUAGUGUAACUGAUUCCCAAAAACGAAGAGAAAUUCUUUCAAGAAGGCCUUCAUACAGGAAAAUUUUGAAUGACUUAUCUUCUGAUGCACCAGGAGUGCCAAGGAUUGAAGAAGAGAAGUCAGAAGAGGAAACUUCAGCACCUGCCAUCACCACUGUAACGGUGCCAACGCCAAUUUACCAAACUAGCAGUGGACAGUAUAUUGCCAUUACCCAGGGAGGAGCAAUACAACUGGCUAACAAUGGUACCGAUGGGGUACAGGGCCUGCAAACAUUAACCAUGACAAAUGCAGCCGCCACUCAGCCGGGUACUACCAUUCUUCAAUAUGCACAGACCACUGAUGGACAGCAGAUUUUAGUGCCCAGCAACCAAGUUGUUGUUCAAGCUGCCUCUGGAGAUGUGCAAACAUACCAGAUUCGCACAGCCCCCACUAGCACCAUUGCCCCUGGAGUUGUUAUGGCAUCUUCCCCAGCACUUCCUACACAGCCUGCUGAAGAAGCAGCACGAAAGAGAGAGGUCCGGCUAAUGAAGAACAGGGAAGCAGCACGAGAGUGUCGUAGAAAGAAGAAGGAAUAUGUGAAAUGUUUAGAAAACAGAGUGGCAGUGCUUGAAAACCAAAACAAGACACUGAUUGAGGAGUUAAAAGCACUUAAGGACCUUUAUUGCCACAAAUCAGAUUAAUUUGGGAUUUAAAUUUCACCUGUUAAUGGUGGAAAAAGGACUGCCUGGCUUCAACCGGAAAGACGAAAUAAACAUUUUAUUUUCUAAACAUUUCUUUUUUUCUAUGCGCAGAACUGCCUGAAAGCAACUACAGAAUUUCAUUCAUUUGUGCUUUUGCAUUAAACUGUGAAUGUUCCAACACCUGCCUCCACUUCUCCCCUCAAGAAAUUUUCAGCACCAAGGAAUCAUGAAGAGACUUCUGCUUUUCAAACCCCUGCCCUCUUCAAGAAGUAAUAAAUUGUUUACUUGUAAAUUGAUGGGGGAAAUGAGGAAAAGAAAAUUUUUUUUUUUUUAAUUAUUUCAAGGUUUGUACUAAGCUUGAUUGCCUUAGGGACAGAAUUACCCCAGCCUCUUGAGCUGAAGUAAUGUGUGGUCCGCAUGCAUAAAGUAAGUAAGGUUCAAUGAAGAAGUGUUGAUUGCCAGAUUGACAAUUUCACAUGUUCAUUGUGAAUUAUGUAAAAUUGUUAAGACACAUCCCCUCUAAAAAGGAAUUUUAGUGUGGUUGUUGAAAUUAAGAAUGAAUCUGGAGUGCUAUGUACAUUCUCUUCAAUACGGAAACCUUGUCCUUGGUUCUUAAAAACAUUCUGUAUUAAAACUAUAGCUCUUCCAUAGGGCAGUUGUUACUUCUUAAUUCAGUUCUGUAUGUGUUCAACAUUUUUGAAUACAUCAAAAGAAGUAACCAACUGAAUGAAAAAGCAUGGUAUUUGAAUUUUAAAUGAAUCAAAGUAAAUAAAAGUACAAAGCUUGUUUUAGUACUAAAUUCUUAAAGAGAUGCUCAUUAGUAAACCAACCACUUGAGUUAUAGAAUAAGGUUUUUAAAUAAAUGUUUUUGUCAUCACCUUCAAAAUAUUUAUAUUGUCACUCAUUUACUUAAGUAUUGCUAAACUCUUCCAUUUGCACUUACAUUCAACCACCAACAGGAAAGCCUUUAAGAUGUUUAAGUGAUAUAUUUGUUUAUAAACUGUUACGUGUUGUUGAAAAAUACUGAUUUUAAGUAUUUUCCAUAUUAACAUGCUUCAACAGAGUAUCUCUAGUGAAUUUUUUAAAUGAUAUAAGUUGUAAGGAUAGUUUUAAAAGUACAGUAUUAGAUAUGCACAAGGAAAGUAAUUUUCUUCAGAUAUGUUUGAAUGACUGCUGUACUACAAUAUUUCGAUUGUUGUUUACAAAACAUUCGUUUUCUUCUAAAAUAGCUAUUCUUUAGCCUUCCAAUAUGCUAUAUAAGCCCUUGUUUUCUACUAAAAAUGAGCUACCAAUUUAACUCCUGAGUAUAAGUCUGUGUUUGAAUGUAUCAUACAUUGUUCCCAGUACUACUUUUAAUUAUUAGUUACUCACUUUAUUUACUAAGCCUGAUAAAUCUAAAAGCUACCCUUUAAAAGAAUAACAAGGCAGAUUUUAAAAUUGGAAGCUGACAUAAUGUUAGUUAUAAUUUCUCAUUUGAGGUUAUUCCCUUUAAAACAGUCUAGAAAAUUAAUGUUUUCUGUUUAGUCAUGGAUUAUUUUUAGAAGUUGAAUUUGUUGAUGUGUUAACAAAAUAUGCAGAUAUGCGUGUAAUUAUUGGGUCCGUUUUGAAAAGUAAGAUUUUUAAUUAAUACUUGUAAAUGGUAUGUUUUUGUUUGUAACAAAACCAUUGUCUUUUUUCAAGGAUGAACAGAGUUUAUGAAGGAGCAUCAUUCUAAGAAUUAAGUAAUGUAGUCUUAAUAUUUGGACAAUUCACCAGAUUCUCAAGAAGGCUUUCAAACAACUGUAAAGUUUGAUGUUUAUCCUGCUGAGGGGAAAGUUUAUAGCAUAAAAAUGGUUUGUAUAGCAGCAUAGAUAUUUUCCAAAACUGGUUUAACAGAAACAAGCAAAAUCACAAAUCUGUUCACAAAUUAGAAUUCCUUCUGAAUGAGUCAAAAUGUCAAAGUCAACAUUUUGAACAUAUAGGCUUUAUAAAUGAAAAUUCCCAAGUAUUUAGCAAGUUAAAGUCUCUAAAGUUAAAUGUUUUUCAGAAGUUGAGGCUUUUUAUUUAAUUAGAAAGUUGGUGGUCCUCUUAGUCCCUGAUAAAACAAGGCAAUCACAUUUUUAACUUAAAAAGACCAGAUCCUUUGUACCUUGAGGAUGGUUGCACUGGUUUGAAGUCAUUUACUUAAUGGUGAGGUUUAGAAAUGUAUUCUGUUGUUAAUCUGUUUCUGACCCUUGGAGAGACCUGAAGAUUUGAGUUUAUACAGAUAGAAAUCAGGCAUCUUUUGUGUAAACUUUUUUUAAAUGAGAAUUGGAGAAAAGGUGUUUGUUUUUAAGCAUGCAAUUUUGAGAAUCUUUAUUAAGAAAAUGACAUAAUAAAAAAAAAAUCUCAUAGCCAAGAACAUGUGGCCACGUUACCGGUAAGUUUUUUCUCUUCAUAUUGGCCAAAAGGGAAUGAAAAUGUUAUCAUAGGAAUCUGUACUUAUGCUACUGAUUUGCCUAGAAAAUAGCAAGUUUGGUAUUACUUUGCAAAUAAUAGGGCCAUGUGGCACUUUUAUCUAUAGGACAGAUUAACUAAUACAAAUGAAUUGGGAGGGGUUUAUUUUUGAUAUAUUUGUCAUGAGUUUUCAAGCUUUGAUAGUGUUUAACUGAAAAGUGGUUUAGAAAGGGCUAGAUCCAAUGUAUUCACAUUAUUAAAAAAUGGAUAUCAGAUGUAAUUUUAAGUUCAUUGUGUUUCAAACUCAAGUACCAUAUUGGCAACCAUAAUAUUGUCACAGGUGCUCUGUUCAUUUAGAUAUCCUUAGGGGGAAAAAGGCAUUUGUAUAAUACAUGUGUACAUAUAUAUAUGCAUACAAUAUAUAAUCUGAAGCUCUGAGAGCUCUUAAAGUCAGGAAUGCUAAGUAUUAUAGUAUAUUGAGGUCAGAUGAAACUUUACAUUUUUGUGUGUUCUAUUGCAUCCCUUUUGGUAGUUUCUUGGACUGCAUUACUCCAGCACUCAAAUUGAUUUUUGUUUUCCAAGUUUCUUCCAAGUAUUCUAUUUUUUAAUUGUUAGUUUUCUUUGGCUUGAUACUUUUAAAUAUGUUGCUAGUCACUUGAAACAACUCCCCCUCCCACCCCACCCCUUUAAGUAUUUGAAUUUUAUGCUUUGUCUCUGGCAGCUAGAACAGUGGUAAGAACAUUUUGAAGAUAGCUUCCAAAAGGUACCACUGAUUUUUCAAAAAUCAUCCUGGGGGAGGAAUUUUGGUGUUUUCAUUUGAGCAGGGAUUUUGUCAGAAAAUGUGUUUUGACAGUAGGUCAGCAGCAGUGCUAGUAUCUGAAAGCACAAUACCAGUCAGACAGGCUGUCUGAUUAGAAGUCAUCUGGCUGAAGUUUAUCUCUGUCUCUCAGGCCUAAUCCCUACUAUCAUUUUGACCAUUUGGGGUGACAUGUGGAAUCAUACAAAGGCUUAGGAAGAAACAACAAGUUUAACACAACAUGCUUUUAUUUACUUGAAGGAACUUCAAUCUAGAGUUCUUUUGAUUUUUAGUAUGUUUUUAAUUAUAUGAUCAGCUACAGUCAUAAGUUGGUCUCUAUUUUGUAGUUAAAAAGGCUGCUUCAUUUUUCAGGAUUAAAUAAGGCUAUUAUCUUUAAGAUUCUGAAUUAAAGUGGGUUUAGAAACAAUGAUUUACACGCCUUUUCAGUUAUAUUCAAGAAGCUUUAUUUUCUGGCCUUUGUAGCCCUGAAAUACUGUUUCCCAUUGACCUAAUACAAAAGUUGUAUAUUUAUUUGGAUUAUAUUUACAUUAUAUUCUUUGUAAAUGUUUAGUGUAACUUGCACUUUUAAACAUGACCCAGUUUGGGUAUUAGGAACUUGAGAAAUUCCCCCACCAAUUAACUGUCAACUGACUUUUUAUGUCUUUCUCCUCUCUUCAAAUCAUGUGACUUAGUAAAAGUGGAAGCUUUGAUUGAUAAAAAUAUUUUAGCACCGAAAAGCUAGCCUUAUAAAUAGCUCUAAAAGAAAAAAAUAAUAAUAAGUUAGAUUUGACUAGCCUGGUUGGUAGGUUUGAGCCCUAAUUUACUGUUUCAUCAUGGAUAGAUUUAGAAGGAAGAGCAACUCAAGUGAAUAAAUAUUUCCAGUUUUAAAUGAGACUAUCCUAACCCCAAUAUUAAUACUACAGAAUGCCAAGAUAUCCAUGGAUUUGUACAGAACAGUAAAAGAUUUUUAAGGCAAUUACUGUCAUCAUGGACACCACAUGUAAUGAUUUCUCACUUUAAAUUAGCUUUGUUAACAUCAAAGAAAUGCUGCCUAAAUUUUGAUUGGUUUUAAAUGCGGAUGGAGAAAGUAAAGUGUACUCAUUAGUAAGCCUGUGGAUUAAGAGUUGUGAGAUAAGUUUGCUCACUCAGUUGUACAAAGCACAACCAGAACUUUUGCUGGAUGGCUUACAUACAUCUUGAAUACUUUUAAUGUUAUGUUGACUUUUUUAAGUUGACUGCACAGUCACUGUAUGUACUAGGAACUGGUUUCCUUGACUUUCUAGAAUCAAUGGCUAGGAGAGGCACUAAUCCCUGAGGGGUUGAACAUAUCAUGAAGUUGAGUCAGUAUGGAAGAAUUUCAAAUAAAUCAAACAGGGUGCUGAAGUUCCAUCUGUCUCAUCUGCUUAUGAUAAGUUCUUACUGUUUAGUGAAUGUAGCUUAAGCCUUUGUAUGUGUCCUCAGGGGCAAACUUUAAGAGGGACCAGAAAAUGUUUGAAUAGAGGGAUUGUAUUUCAGGUGUUUUAGCUUGAAAUUUAUUUUUUAAAAAAACUAAAAAUAGAAAAAAAAAAAAAGAACAAAGCCUGUGAAGCAAGUUGAUAUUAUAAACAGGCAGAGUUGUUUAGUACAGAGAAAAAAUAUUGACCUGUCUGCAUUCUGGUACUGUGGGUGCAGGUUCUAGCUGGGUAUAACAUGAUACAUUUUUAAUUAUUCUCACCAGCAAGUAAAAGAAAAAUGAACAAUCUUGAGGAAAUGUCUUUGAAAAGGUCAAACAGUAGGAAAUUCAAUUUUUACCUACUAUACACAGGCAUACCUAAUACUUGCCUAAAGUAUGGCAUUCCCAGGCUUCUGUCUGAGGAGCAUCUCAGAGAUGUGAGAGUAAAUCUGAGGUAGUUUAAAAAAUUGGUAGGGAAGGAAGAAAAUCCCUGCAGAUGAUGAUCUUGUUAGUUGGCCAAGUGAAAUGGUCUAUUGUUUGGGAGGUUUAUUUUCUUAAUUUUUUAAAACUGAAUUGGUAAACGCUUUAUAGACGUAUUUUUAUCCAGGUGCCACUUCAAUUUGUGUAUGUAAUAAAAUUAUUUAUAUUAAAGUGGGAAAUAAUUUGUCAACAUCUUUCUGUUAGUAUAGAUUUAUUAGGGGUGGCAAAGAAGAGUGCUAGCUAGCAGUUUUUCCAUGUGAAGUUUUCCCCGGCUGAUUUGUCCAUAGUUGUCAUUCCUGCCCCCAAAAGGAAUUAUUUUUAACCUAGAUGUAUCAUCACUUGAAACUUUUUAGAAACGAUCAGGGAAGUUUCUAGAGAGAAAGGUGUUUGGGUUUUGUUUUGUUUUGUUUUGUUUUUCUGUUUUGGUUUGUCCUUGAGGAUUGAGGUGAAGAAUACCUUCCCCCAGAACUAUCAGCACAAAACAGGGUAUUGAAUUUUAACUCUGAUGUUGCUAUUGGAGUUGAAUACUAAAUAAGUAACUGUAAUGAGGGAAAUACAUUUCUAAUAAAAUUCCCUACAUUCUAGAAAUAUCCCUGUUUUAAUUUUUUUACCUAAAUCUUUUUUGUGCUUUAUCUGUGUAAAGAGAAAAAAAUAUACUUAGUUAUAAUGCAUUUUAUUAACACUAUGUACAUAUUAGCUACUUUAUGUUCAGAAUGGUAGCAAUUGCUUUGUAUAUUACAGUGAUCCUUGUGAAUUUGUGAAAUAUUGUCAUAAAGUACUUUUUCUUACUGUAAUCUUUGUGGUAUCAACUGUCAUAAUGCCCUUUUUACACAUUUAUGUGCAGUCACAUAAACAUGCUUUUAAAAACUCUGUAAGUCUCUUUUUUGGGGAUGGGAUCUCUAUAUUUUAAUUUUUGCUAAUGUUAGCUAUAUUUCCUUGGACUUAUGUUCUACAGUUGUUAUUAGAAUAUAUCACAAGCUAGUGUUGCACAGCAACAGGAAACUAAUUCAAGCAACAAGGACAUAUCUUCAGUUACUUAAUUUUGCUGUAUUUCUGAUUUUUAGCACAAGAUUUCUUUGUUCAGUAAGAUUGAACAGUGCCUAUUUGAAGAUUUGGAGAUGUUGCUGCCCUAUUGAAACAACCAGUGGGAGAUACAGGACCAGCUGUCUCGGAUGUCAUAAAAUGCAUGUUUGCAUUGGAAGAACAGUAAGAACAGAUAACUUCUCAGGUCCCCUUUGUAACUAAAGUUCUGUGAUCACAUAAAAUGGGACGAAAGGGGAGGGGAUAUGGUUAAUCUGUUCUUUGCUUAAAGCAUAAUAAAAGAUUCUCUCCUAUACUAUU